UGACGGCAUCUACCUGUUUUAUUCUUGGAAGAUCAGGUCAGCUAUGAGGCGUGUGCUGUCUACUUAUAAUCCCCUUUUUGUGCUGGUGAUCGUCAUCAUCAGUUUAAAGUUCACAAUACAAUCUCCAAUGAAUAGAAACCUACCCGGUUCGCCCAUCGUGGAGGAUGUGAAUUGGUCUGAUCUCGAGGACAUCAUACCUCUCGAAGACAGCAUCAAAGAUUAUCCGAGAGAACAUCCUCAAUCAUCACACUCGCCGCCUUUGACAGGAAUAUUGCCUGGGAAAAAGAGAAAGCUAUUUAGUCCUGAUGAAGUACUUUCUCCGGAAGAGAAAGCAGAAAGGAGGCGAAAAAUAAAGACGGCAAGAAGAAAAGAAUUGCGAGCAGAAAAGAAAGCAAAAGAUGCGGCAGGACAUGCAGCGAUGUUGAAGGCCAAUAACGAAAUAGUAAAGAAGCGAAAAUUAGCAUUGACAGAUGAAGAAAGGAGAAAGUCCAAUGAACGAAGUAGAGUACGCCAACAACGUUAUCGUCAACAGAGUAAAGAGAAAACAGGUUUUGCGACAAAUUUUUAUGCACAAAUUCGUCAAAUAAAACAACUCGCUGCAAGUGGGCAAGCGAAUGAUGAACAGCUUUCAAGACUUGCUAGAUAUACAGAGCGGCAGAAGAAAGCACAAAAGGCCAGGGUAAAAAUUUCGAAAAAGUCUUUGGCUAAUAGUUGA